AUGGAGGCCGGGCGUGGUUAUAGACUGGUGGUGCCGAUUGACAUAAAAAAGAAGCCACGGGAGCAGGAACUUCCGUUGCACAACCGAUGGCACCCUGACAUACCUCCGGUAGUAGAGGUCAAAACUGGAGAGAUAUUCAGGGUGGAGAUGGUGGAUUCCACUGGAGGUGCCAUAAAAAAAGAGUACACUGCUGAAGAUGUCAAGCACGCAGACUCUUCUUCUGUGCAUUAUCUUAGUGGGCCUAUUAGAGUUGUUGAUAUAGAUGGGAAACCAGCAAAGCCUGGUGAUCUUCUUGCUGUUGACAUUUGCAAUUUGGGUCCUCUACCUGGAGAUGAAUGGGGAUUUACUGCAAUAUUUGACAGGGAGAAUGGUGGUGGAUUCCUCACUGAUCAUUUCCCUCAUGCUACCAAAGCCAUAUGGUAUUUUGAAGGAAUAUAUGCUUACUCUCCACAUAUACCUGGUGUAAGAUUUCCAGGUCUAACGCACCCUGGAAUAAUCGGAACUGCACCUUCAGUGGAACUACUUAAUAUAUGGAAUAAGAGGGAAAGAGAACUUGAAGAAACUGGACCUCAAUAUCUGAAAUUGUGCGAGGUGCUGCAUUCACGGCCACUAGCAAACCUGCCAAUAACAAAGGGAUGCCUCCUUGGCAAGAUUGAGGAAGGAACUCCUGAUUGGGAAAGAAUUGCGCAGGAGGCUGCAAGGACAGUUCCUGGAAGAGAGAAUGGAGGAAAUUGUGACAUCAAAAAUCUCAGUAUAGGUUCCAAAGUAUACCUUCCAGUCUUCAUAGAAGGAGCUAACCUUAGUACUGGGGAUAUGCAUUUUUCACAAGGAGAUGGUGAAGUUUCGUUUUGUGGAGCAAUCGAGAUGAGUGGUUUUCUAGAACUCAAGUGCGAAAUCAUUAGGGAUGGGAUGAAAGAAUACCUCACUCCAAUGGGGCCGACUCCUCUACAUGUCAACCCAAUUUUCGAGACAGGCCCUGUUGAGCCAAGAUUCUCAGAAUGGUUAGUAUUUGAGGGCAUUAGCGUCGAUGAGAGCGGGCGACAACACUUCCUUGAUGCUAGCGUUGCUUACAAGCGUGCAGUGCUUAAUGCUAUCGACUACUUGUCUAGAUUUGGAUACACUAAAGAACAGGACAUUCGCCCAAAAACCAACAAGAUGCCUAUUGGACCUCGACUUGUAAGGAACUCUGAUAUCCCACAGUGCACCUAUGAUGGAAAGUUGCCGAGCACCAAAAAUCCUAAUGCAACAGCAUUACCGUCAAGCAUGCAGCUAGCACAUGAAAAACAACAUGACCCAACAACCUAA